AACGUUCAUACAACAAAAACAAAACAAAAACAAAAACAACAAAAUAUAAACAAAAAAAAACAACAAAAUAAAAAACAAACAAAAAAAAAACAAAAGAAAAGAAAAACAACAAAAUAUAAACAAAAAAAUAACCAAAAACAAAAUAAAAAACAAAACAAAAGCAACAAAAUAAAAAACAAAACAAGAAAACAAAAGAAAAACAACAAAAUAUAAACAAAAUAAAACAACAAAAUAAAAAACAAAACAAGAAAACAAAAGAAAAACAACAAAGCAAAAAGAACAAAACCAAAGAAACAAAAUAAAACAAAAAUCGUCUUUUUAUCAAAUGCAGAAUAAUCCGACCUAACCCCCGUCAUCUUAUUAAAACAGUGCUCUGUUUGUAGUCUGAGUGUGAAAUCCUUAACCCCGGCUCACUGUCUGAAGUCCUCCCAGAGUCCACUGAUGACCCUGAACCCCGGAGGCCCCGUCACAGGACCGGUUCUGCUCGCACUGAAGGUUUCUACAGAAUCAGCAGGAAAGAGAAACUAAAGUACCUCGUUCACACCAAGCCGACCUCGUUCCUCCCCUCCAGCGGCGCUCAGGUAUAAAAAGGAGAUUUAACGAUGCAGACCUCGGUUCAGAGUCUGGUUUUAAUCUGGGACUCUUCAUCUGCAGGGAAAGUGUAACCCGGCCCAACAGCAGACCUUCCUCCGAGCUGGAUCUGACUUCAGGUCCGAACAGCGCCGCCUGCUGUCCUCUUUCAGCUGUGACAGCGACCUGGUCAGGUUUAAUCAGCUGAAGGUGAGUCAGAAAUAAAACAACAGGGCAGUCAAAUCAGUCAGUCAGCAAACAGUAAGACACAGUAAAUCUUUAUUAAUCACAUUUUUUAUCAAAUGUUUUUUAUUUUAUCCCCUAAAACCGUAAAACAACCUCACCAUCUUGACUUUUAGACAUGAGCAGAGUUCUGGGGGGUCACUGACCUCAUCAUGAGUAUUUCCUAAACUGUUUUACUGUCAAAGACCCCUGAGUGUUCAGACCGGACCGGGACCUUAAUGAGGUCCAGCAUGUGUUUUCUCUGGUCUCAGAACUCCUCCUUGUGUUUCCUCACAUCAGUUUCGAAAGAAGAGGAUCCGUUUCAGCCGGAGUCACAUCCACGAGUGGGGUCUGUUUGCGAUGGAGCCCAUAGCUGCUGAUGAGAUGGUGAUCGAGUACGUGGGUCAGAUCAUCAGACAGGUAAGACCGACUCGAACCAGAUCAAGACCGCUCGGCUCCUCUGUUGUUGUUUCUGGAGUGAGAGUGAGACCGACACCGAUAAACAAACUUUUUAUUUUGAUUUAUUUUGGAUCCACCAGAAGUCACAUGAUCUGCAGUAACUUUUCUUCUCUUCUCUCUUUGUUUCCAGGUCAUGGCUGACAUGAGGGAGCAGAGGUACGAGGAGGAGGGCAUCGGGAGCAGUUACCUGUUCCGGGUGGAUCAGGACACCAUCAUCGAUGCCACUAAAUGUGGGAAUCUGUCCAGAUUCAUCAACCACAGCUGCAGCGUGAGUGAGCGCCGCUGAGUCAUCACUCCUCAUCACGUGAACAUGAAUCACCUCCAUGUUUGAUUUUGUUUGUUUUUCAGCCAAACUGCUACGCAAAGAUCAUCACCGUGGACUCGCAGAAGAAGAUCGUGAUCUACUCUCGUCAGCCGAUCAGCGUCAACGAAGAAAUCACCUACGACUACAAGUUUCCCAUCGAGGACACGAAGAUCCCGUGUUUCUGUGGAGCGGGGAGCUGCCGAGGAUCCCUGAACUGA